AUGAAGGCACACACACACACACACACACACACACACACACACACACACACACACACACACACACACACACACACAGAUACCCCCACCUUUGCUCCCUCCAAACUCACAUCCUUAAACACAGUCAGCCAUCCAGCCGUGCCCCUGCAGACUCCCACCCAUCAUCCCUUCCUUCAGUCCCCCACCCAUCACCCCACUCCUCCCCUUCACAGCACCCUUCUCCAGACACCCAGUCCUUUGUCCACACUCUGCUCCACAAAAAAAAAAAACAUAUUUGAGGGCAAAACAGAUGAACAUGUGUUGGCACACACACACACACACACACACACACACACACACACACACACACACACACACACACACACACACACACACACACACACACACACACACACACACACACACACACACACACACACACACACACACACACACAUCACUUGCCUCCACACAAAUCCUAAAUUAUGGCAUUAUACACAUCAUAAUUCAGUCACAGGCCCAAACAGUAAUCUCCCCAAAUGCUAG